AUAUAUAUAUUCCGGUAUACCUAUAGCACUAUAGUCGGAACAAGUCAGCUGUAUAUUCAUAAGACAGAUUUUCGUGUGGAUUUACAUCAUUUAAUAAUAACCUUGACAUUAUAAUAUUAAAUUGUAAAUUAAAACAAUGGUAAUAUUAUAAAAUAAAUUAACUAAAAUAAUCAUUUAAACCUUCUACAAUGGAAAAAGCUUUGAAGAUCGUUAAGACACUAAGAAAUAAUUGGAAAAAGUCUGUGUUUGGUGCAAUUUUAGUGUAUUAUGGUGCUGCAACAGCAAAAGAAAAAUACGAGAUUAAUAUAUUGAUGCGCGCAGCAUGCAAGGAAGCAGUGAAGUAUGGGGAUGCCAUGAUUGAAUAUGAUAGAAACCCAACACUUAUAACAGUUGUUCUUAACCCAGUAGCUAAUAAGAGAAAAGCUAAAAAAGACUUUGAGAAGUAUUGUGAGCCAAUACUUCAUCUUGCUGGUUUACAAGUAGAUGUGAAAGUAACAACUUCUGAGGGCCAUGCAAAGGAAAUUGUUGAGAACUUAAAGGGUACAGAGGCAAUUAUUGUAGCAGGGGGAGAUGGCACUCUUUCAGAAACUGUAACAGGACUGCUACGCCGAAAUGAUGAUGCCAACCGCUUUCCUCUCGGUAUUUUACCUUUGGGAUCAACCAAUAGUAUUGGAAAUACAUUGUUUCCUGGAGGCAAAGGUGUUGAAAAAGUCAAGCAACUCAUUGAAGCUUGUAUGGCAAUAGUUCAAGGACAAACAAUUUUAAAGGAUGCUAUGAAAAUUGAGCCUUUAGCUAAUGAGGAAGAAACACCAAGUAGGCCAAUUUAUGCCAUGACCUCAAUAAACUGGGGAGCAUUUAGGGAUAUCCAAGCAAAAAGAGAUAAAUAUUGGUUGUAUGGUCCAUUACGUGAAUAUGCAGCAUACAUUUUCAAUGGCUACAAGGAUUCUAUUACUUGGAUUUGCAAUGGAGUUAUAACAUACACUCCUCCAUGUGCUGGGUGCAGUAAUUGUCUAACAAAAAAACCUGAAUUGAAAAGAAAGUGGUCUUUCUUUAUGCCAAGCACCCAAGCCACAAAUGAUACGGCUAAAAUAAAAAUUUUAAACCCAGAGUGUGCAGUAACAGAAGAACUGUGCUUUAAGACAAGUGAAAUGAAAAUAAGUCCAAAUGUCACUGGGGGUUUACCAGCCCUGCGUGUAGAAUUGGGAAGAAAUAAAUAUUCAUAUACAGAGUUUGUUUCCGAAGGAUGGCGGAGGAUUAAAGGUGACAGUAAAAUUGAAGAAGUGGUAAAAGCACGAACAAUUCUUUUGCAACCACAAAGUACAAAACCAGAUGAAGUAUUUGAGAUAGACAAAGAAGAAUUCGAUGUUAAGCCUAUGAAAGUGACUAUAUUACCAAAUAUGAUUAAAAUGUUCUGUAAAAGUGAAAAAUUGGAUAAAUAAAAUUGUUACUUGUUAAUGGAAAUCUUAGUUACUAGCUACUCACAAGGUAGAUAUAAUUUUUGAACAAACUGGCAAAAUGUUACUACAUAUAAUAUAUAUAAAUAAUUAAGAAUCGGUUGUACAGAUAUAAAAUUAUAUUCAAAGCCCUCGUUAACAGUAAAUUAAUCAAUAAAGCUUUUUAUACAUUUGACAGAUACUUAAAUGAUCCUAAUGCUCCAGUUCCAUCAAUCUGUAUGACAAAAAAAAUUGGUGAUUGACUUGCGAACUGGUAGUAAAUGUAAAUUUAAAAUUGCUGUAAUUGUUUUUUUUGACGUUCAUAAGUGUACUCUACCUUUAUGAAUAAAGAUAGUUUGAGUU